AUGCAAUCAUCACAAGAUGAUGAUAUAAGCAAAUCACCCUAUUUGCCUGUUCUAACUGACCAAAAUGAAAAUCUAGAAAAUUAUCCAACAUCAAUAGGUACUGAACAGUUUGCUAUACAAAAAUAUCCCUGUGAAUGUUGUGAAUGCUGUCGAAAUCAUCAUCUUUCUAUUACAUAUUGUUCACCAUCCUUGUUACCAGAUGACUCUGAUGCAGUGCUGAAAGAAGAAAAUAUCCUCCCGGGUACUUUGAAUUUAAGAAUAGUCCAGUCAAUUGAUAAUACUGAACAUGUACUAGCAGAGAAUAAAAUUUCCUUGAAUACAUUAUUUCAACCAGAUGUUGAAACACUGGAUGAAUUAAAUCCUGUGAAUGCGGUGUAUAAUGCAACUGAGCGAAAUGCCCUUUCAAAACAUGAUCCUCCACUGAAUCAGACAACUGCUACAAGCUCUAAAACUAUCCAACAUUGUGAACUGCCAUCUGUUAAACUCACUAUUACAGCUUCUACAUCAAGUCCACAAAAGUGUAAAUUCAAUGAAAGAAAUAAUUAUUGUAUGUGUGGUUGUUCUCUUGUUAACAAGAAUACAAAUAUGCAGCGUGAACAAACAAUCGGAAAUUCGUCUGCAGAAUGUCGAACAGAUGAGGAGUUUUCUAGACAGUACAGUACUGAGUCUAAAGUUCAAUUAUCACAGUCACAACCACCAUUGCCACUGCCAUUGUCAUUGCCAUUGCCGAGAGAAUCGCAGAGAACACCAACACCACCGCCAAGAUCAGAAACACCGACACUGACACCGACACCGCCACCAUCACCACCAUUGUCAAUAUCAAAACAAUCCGAACUAUCGAAAUCAGUACAGACUAUGACAUCAUCGACAACAGCUUUUAAAACUCCAGCAUUACUAAUACUGCCUGAAACAGAUAUACAAAAGUCGAGAGAAUCAGCGCCAAGUGUGUCAUCAACAAACAUAAUAGCAGCAGCAGCAGCACAGAAACACCCACCUGCAACACCAUAUGAACGAAUAGUGUGUAAUUGUUCAGUGAAAGCCAAUCACUGUCACUGUUCGAAUAGAAUAUGCACCACCUUCAAGGAAAUUGAACAAAUGCACUAUCCGUACAACUGUAAGCCAUAUAAGUAUAUUCUUUGUUCUGCAGAUAAAGGCUUACAACAGUGUGAUUGUAUAAUUCUGUGUAAUCAUCAUAACGGACUGAGUGUAAGUCGACAGUAA